CUGUCAUUGUACUGCCUACAAAGCAGAUAUCAAUACAGUGGUUGUAGACCACGCAAAUAUAAGAUAAAACUACAAAAGCAAAAAUGUUCGCCGCACGCGCCGCUCAUUCGAAGUUGGCGAGGUCCGCUUCGCGAACCGUCAGUAGAGGCCUCUCCAGUCGGCAGACUGCGAUCCGCGCGUUUUCUUCGUCAGUGAAGCUUCCGCGGGAUAGCAACCAAGCUUUGGGCCUCGGACAGUAUGCUAUCGACUUUAUUGGCGGGAAAUAUGGCGAUGAAGUCGACGCAUCGGUCUAUGACCGUGUCGAAAUGUUCCAUACCGACUCGGUCAUGUGCGGGCUAUCAGCACUGGCUUUGAAGACCAAUGCACCUAACGUCUUGCGUGACGAAGCGCUCACAUACAAGGAUGCGAAAGGUGUUCUACAUGUACAUUUUGUGACUUCUCUUUGCAAUUUUGAAGUGGAGCUUUACUCUAGAUGGGUUUAGGGUUUAGAAUCAAUUAGAUGAUGGUAAGCUCUAACCUGGUGUGCAUGACUAAGGACGACUAGUGCAGACCAUUCCACCCAAAUCAGGUGCCUGCGUUUUCGGCACAAGCUCGCAGCGUUGUGCUCCCGAAAAAGCUGUAGUCGCCAACAGCAGUGCUGUCCGCGAGUGGGACAGCAAUGGUACGGUUUUCGGUUACAACGCUAACAUCCCAGGACAUACAGCCGGUGAGUUCGGGCACAACGACUUCUAUCCUGUCAUUCUGGCUGCUGCAGAAGUCAAGGGCAAGCUGGAUGGCAAAACUGCACUGAAAGCGAUGAUCUGCAACGAUGAGAUUCGAGGUCGAUUAGCGGAGGUUUUUUCGUUGAAGAUUAUGGCAAAGGCAAGAACCUAACUUACAGACUUACGUUCUUCUAUUCAGAUUCAGUUUGUCACUUGCAAAUCCUCUACUAGGAGUGUCAGCACCUAUUCUUCCUCUUAGAGUCUAAUCUCUGCUACAAAAUCGAUCACGUGGUUCACGGUGCCAUUGCAUCUGCAGCGACUUACGGAGCUCUUCUUGGCGCCACUGCAGAACAGAUCGAGUCAGCAAUUGGCAUGGUCUGUGCGCACUACAUACCCUUUAGGGCGAUCCGUGCAGGAAAGCAGCUCUCAGACUCCAAGGGAGCUUCCGCGGCUAUCAGCACAGAAGCUGCUGUGCUAAGCAUGAAUUAGGGUAGGAGAAGAACAACUAGUAAUGAAGUGAGUACAGAAGUAUAAGGUGCAUGUACUCAACAACUGAUCAGAGAAAGUUUGUAUCGGCUUCUUAAUUCACCUUUCGAGUAAUCUUAGUAAGUUCAGCUAUCUAUGACUAUGGAACACGCGGAUAUGUAAAUAUGUUAGUCCCCGUCUAACCACAACGAGCGAUGAACGGCUUCGUCGGACCGAAAGACAUUUUCCGGAAUCCUGAAGCGAUUUUCCGCUUUUUCGAGCCGACAACAGGCGUUCCAGCAAACAAGGACUUGAUUUUACGGGUCUUCACGAUACGUACUCUCAUCUUCCCUUCUAUCUUGAUGUCAACAACGAACUCUUCAUCCCUUCUUGUCAAGGACUCUGCUUGCCAGAAUGUUGUACCUAAGUAUCUCGUCAACUCCAUGAUCCUUGCAGCCAGCAGCUCCUCCCUCCUCUAAUCCUCGAUGUCACUCUCGCCAACAAAGUCCGGUGGGGUGUCGGAGAUGCGCCAUUUGACUUGGUGCUUAGUCACAGCGGUUCGGACUUUGCGGUGUGCGGCAUGCAUUUCAAGUUGGGAUUGUAUGAGCACCAGAGCGCGGGAGCAUUGGAAGGGGUCCAGACGCUCAUGAAGGAACAUCCAGCGCUGUUGAAAGCAGGCAUGGACGGGAUCGAGAAUAUCAACAUCGUGGCGUACGAACCAGCGUUUGGGAUCAGUAAUCUUUCAUCUUUUGUUGUUUUUGUGGCUAUUUUUUGGGUGUAAAUAAAGUCAAAUUGAUUGAUUUUUGAGGGAAAUGUCAACCCGACCACUUUCACUGGCUCGCAUCAUCAAACCAACUAACUACAAACCAACCCUAUCUAACUCUCUCAGUCGGCGAUCCCGCGAAGAAGGACCCGAAGACUCGACAGAGCGCAGAUCACAGUAUGGCGUUCAUUGUCUCAAGAAUGCUCAAGAAAGGCUUCGAGGCUGGAUCCCUACCAGGUUCCAUGGACGAGAUCUGGAUGAAGCUGAUGCUUUCACCGUAUGACUACGGUGCAGAGGCCAUUACAGAUGCGACAACGCGGGCUUUGAUGCAGAAAAUCACAUUCACACACGGAGGACCGGAGUUUACGAUUGGAUUGCCAGGAGUAGUUGUUGUACAAGGUUUUUUGUUUUAACCUGGCCAGCUAAGACAUCUCUCUAUAUUUACCUUACAUUUUGAUGAAUGCACUCUAGUCCUUCGCAUUAUUCACGACCUGCUUCUUCCAUCCCCUUAUACUCUUUCCUUCCUUGUUCAUACUCCACGAUGCCAAGUACCCGGAUGGCAUUCCAACGAGCCUCGACGUUACCUUAAAGAGCGGUGAAGUCAUGUCUUCUGGCUUCGUCAUGUACCCGUCUGGGCAUGCGAGAAAUACCAGUGCAGACUUAAAAAAGAUCCUUGCUUACAAGAAUAUUAUGGCGAGUCUGUGUGUGUUUUUGAUUUUGCUAUGCUAGUUCGUUGGAGUAAGAGUACACCUGUUUCUAGAGCAAGGCUAACCUACAACAAGGCUAAUCACCUUGUUAAAAAAACAAAUUCUUCACCAGGAUAGCAAUGAUGUAGAAAGAUCUACCGGCCCUUCUAAGAACAGCAAGAUGCUAGGCGAUUUGGUCUUUGAGGAGAGCAGCGUGAAAGACCAGUACCUGGAGAAACUGGUCAACAUGGCCUCAGCCCCUGACGUGUGUGGGUAUUACGCCUUUGAUGGUGCGAUGAGGACGCAUCCAUGCAUUGACGGUUAAAGGGGGACUGUGCUGCUCCUCACGAUUUUUUUGAAGAUGAAUCAAUUAGAUUGUUAUGUCCGCUAUCGUCUAAUAACGAUAUCACUAAGAUGAAUCAGAUUCAUCAUGUUCAUGUUUGGACGCUGGUAGGUGAGUAGGUUGUUUCUUUUCUGUUAUUUUUGGAUGUACUAGGGAAAUACGAGCGUUUGGUAGAAUUUGAAAGAGCAGUCGUCGGUGAUCUUCAACACAGGUAGUAAAGGUUCGCUGGUAUCAAUCAAUGUAGUUAGAUGUUGCAGCUACAGGUGAAAAAUAUACUUCGACGAGCUAUUUGAUUUUUUAAAAGUAUUUGAAUGUGUAGAAUUUACGACGAUGAGAAGGAUGGGUGUUUAUACAUAGUGUGCUUUUUUGUUCUUAGACCACAGAUGGUUAUCAUGUCUACCAUUGUAGUAGGUUUUCCCUGUUUAACAAAGAUACGAGACCUGGUUCUCAGUCCAAAACAUCCCGUGACCUGGACAUCUUAUGAUGUACAUGUACUGAAGAUAGUGAAGAGGAAAUGUUAGACUUUUUUCGUUGAUGAUUUGAAGUUGAACUUGAAGUGCUCUAAUAUUGAAAAGGGAUAGGGAAGGUGGUCGUUGUAAAAAGCAGCACCAAAGGGGCCACCAUGCGGAC